AUGCCUUCGGUUACUCAUUCCAAUUUCAACGUCGAGACUGAAGGCCUUGAGGUUGCCAAGGCCUUUGCCGACGGCAUCCGUGGCAAGACAGUCAUCGUCACCGGCGGUAACCGCUCUGGAAUCGGCUUCGCCACAGCACGUAGCUUUGCCUCCCAAUCACCUGCCCACCUCAUCCUAGCUGGCCGCACCCCCUCCAAGCUUCAGGAGUGCAUCGACGCACUCAAGGCCGAGUUCCCCGGCGUGGACUACCGCGCCCUCCGCAUCGAUCUCGCAAGCCAGAAGUCCGUCCGGGCCGCGGCCGCCGAGAUUCUCGGGUGGGCUGACAUCCCCACCAUCGACAUCAUCGUCAACACUGCCGGCGUCAUGGCCAUCCAGGAGCGGACCAUCACCGACGACGGCGUGGAGAUGCAUUUUGCGACAAACCACAUCGGCCACUUUCUUUUCUUCUGCCUCGUCUCGCCAAAGCUCAUCAAGGCGGCCGAAGGGAAGCCCAAGGGAGCUACGCGCGUCGUGAAUGUCUCGUCCAUGUCCCCCAGCGUCACAAACAUGCGCUGGAGCGACAGGAACUUUGAAAAGAAGAGCAAGGACCUGCCAGAGGACGAGAUCCCGAACAUCGAGUUCCUCGAGCUCUGGGGUUACGAGGACGUGGAGAACAUGACGUACAUCCCCGUCGAGGCCUACGGCCAGAGCAAGGUCGCCAACGUCCUGUUCAGCAUUGGCGCCAACAGGCGAUUGUUGGAGAAGCACGGCAUUCUCAGCGUGUCAGUUCACCCAGGCUUGAUCGACACCGAGAUUGCCAGAGACUUCCCGGCGGAGAGGUUUGCAGAUGUGAAGGAUAUGGUCAAGAAGGGUGUCUUCACCUACAAGAGCUUGGGUGCAGGUGCGGCGACCAGUCUGGUGGCUGCGCUGGACCCCGCCCUCGCGAUUGGAGUUGGUGAGUCGAGGGACGGGAAGGAGAACUAUGGGACGUUCCUUGCCGACUGCCAGAUCACAGGCAUUGCAAGACCCGGGUCCGUGUCGAGUGCGAACGCUGAGAAGCUGUGGAAGCUGUCCGAGGGAUUGGUCAAGCAGGAGUUUUCGUGGUAA